AUGCCCCGCUAUGAUUUAAUCACUAUAGAUGCAAAAGGAGUGGUAAGAAGAAUCAAGGGAAUUGCCCAACCCUGGAGACCAUCAAUGCCUAGAGCGCCUAGUGAACAACUUUUUCUCUGCUACAUUCAUCAAACGUGGAAAAACGGAGAAAAAGAAGGAGUAAAAAUAGUGAAUAAUGCUAUUCAUGCUGUACCGAUGAAUGAGCUUGAAGCAAUGAAAAAAGGAAUAAAUGAUCUUUAUGCUCUAGUUGCCCAGGAACGUUUACGCAGUGAUGUAAAUUCAAGAGAACCUACCACCAAAAAAGGAGUAUUUGUAAAUUCGUUCUUCGACGAUGAUAUGCGUGAUCAAGGAAUUUCGCAGUCUGCAGCAAUAGUAAACAAGGAAUUAAUUUUACCAAUAGAUGUAACGAUGGCUGAUAUUCAUGGAGGAGAAAAAACUUAUUUGUUGGCAUAUGAACUUGAACCGGUACUAGAGCAGACUAAAGACUAA